CUUAUCAAAGCGCGCACCGGGCCGAAAACAUACGUGUACCGCGCGCGCGACGCGCACCCCCACAUCCUUGCUAUUCACGUGUGCGCUCGCGCACAGCACAUCCACCGCGAUUGCGAGUUGAAGAGAGGAGGGAGUGAAAGAGAGAGAGAGAGGACGAAGCCAGAGGUCAACACUACAGGAAGAGAAGAGAGAGCGUACGAGCCACCAGCGACUUGUCAAAACGUACUCGUGUCAAAGAGGAGGAGGCAGUGUGUGCCAGAGUAGCGCUGCGCCUUGACCGUUUCUCUCUCUCUCUCUCUUAUACUUACUGUUGUGUGAGUGUGUGUGUGUGUGUGUAUCAUCAUCGACUCCGUUUGUAUCUCUUUUCUUCUUAGAAGGCUUUGGCCGUUGUUGUUUUUUCUGCUAUAACGACGACAACGACGAUAAUGGAGCCGAGCGCGGAAACGUACGAGAGUGUGCUCCUGGUGAAAUCGGAGGUGUUCGUCUUCAAAAUACCCCCAAGGUCGACCAACAGGGGUUAUAGGGCUGCCGAUUGGAACCUGCAAGAACCCUCGUGGACAGGUCGCAUGAGACUAGUGUCCCAAGGUGAUGCUGUGGCAAUAAAGCUGGAGGACAAGAUGACAGGACAAUUGUUCGCUAAGUGUCCUAUAGAGCAGUAUCCAGGCAUCGCAGUUGAACCUGUAACGGAUUCCUCUCGUUACUUUGUUCUGAGAAUCCAGGAUGACAAUGGCAGGUCUGCUUUCAUUGGCUUGGGAUUUCUGGACAGAUCAGACAGUUUUGAUUUGAACGUGGCGCUGCAGGAUCAUUUCAAGUGGUUGAAAAAUAGAGAUCAGAUUGAGAAAGAGAAGGAGAAGCCCAAGCAGGAGCUAGAUCUUAGGUUCAAAGAGGGAGAGACUAUCAAAAUCAACAUGAAGAUUACUAAAAAAGAUGGCAGUGAAGUUUCAUCCAAGGCAAAACAGCGCCCCAGCACAGGCAUUGGACUUCCUCCUCCUCCAGGUGGUGUGAAAAUCGCACCACCACCAGCAAGGACACCUACCAUGUCACCAGCACACAAACCUACACAAAAUCCACAAAAUCACAGUGGAACGGGACCCGAAUGGGGCGAAUUUGCAAGCGCCUCUCAGCAGCAGCAACAGCAGCAGAACACAGCAGCAGCCCCUGCAGCCUCGACGAAUGCCAGUUGGGUCCAAUUCUAAUAAAUAUAUAAAAUUCAGUGGAAUUGCGCUUAGCUCCAGCAUAGGUCUUUGAUUUAUGUAUGUAUAAUUUAUAUAUAAAAUAUAUAUAUAUAUAUAUUUGGAAUAGCGAUGUUACGCACAUAAAGUGCGCAUACCUGCUUCUGUGCGUAUGCAAUUUAGGUAUGGCGAUUAUGAGAGAUGAUGGAAAAAUAAUGGAUGUGUGUUCUUGAGAUUGUUCAUAUCUUAGCUUAAACAUAAUUCACUUUGAAACAACCUGUUUGAAAGACAGAAAGAAACAACAACAAAUUCAUUGUUUCGCAUUUAAGACAAAGAAACUCGUUUUUUUCUUUGACGUUGUUCCACGUUUUCCUUUUUCAUGGUAGAUUAUUAAUUGCAGUAUUAGUCCACAACUUUUUUUAUGACGUAUAUACACCGUUCUCGGAUUUUAAAUUUGGGUCGCGUGAGGGGCCUCAAUUGCGAUUCCAGAUCUUCAAGUUUGUACAUAUUGUUGUAUCUUGAGAAUGAAAAUAAUCUAUUAGAAAAUCACUAGGCCUAUGUGGAAAAAAUAUAUAAAGUGCGCGUUGAGAUUGUUGAAAAUGAUCUAAAUAAAGGAAAAUGAGUGGAAUGCAAUCGUCUUCGUCCAGGAGACGACAACGUUUCGUGCUGGCUUAAAAAAAGCAGAUAUUUUAUGCCGUGAUCAUUCUAUCCAGUGUAACAUAAUGUAUCAGCGUGUUGAAACAAAAUAAAAUGUCGUUGCGCCGAUCAUCACUGUUGUAACUAGUAUGAAAUAGAUUAAGAAUAUUCCAAAUGUGCAAACACUAUGGAUGCCCUCGAUAUAUAUUUUCUUCAAAUAUAGAAUAGCUCUAAAAUUAAA